AUUGUGGUCUGUAGUAGACAGGAAGUUGACUGUCAUCUCUGGCCCUUUCUGUGUAGGUGGAAGUAUGGAGCUGGCCAAUCAUGGUCUUAUCCUUCUGCAGCAGCUCAACGCGCAGAGGGAGUUUGGCUUCCUGUGUGACUGCACGGUCGCCAUCGGCAAUGUCUUUUUCAAAGCACACAAGGCCGUAUUGGCCGCAUUCUCGAACUACUUCAGAAUGCUAUUUAUACACCAGGACAGUGACUGUGUUCGCUUGAAGCCUGCUGACAUUCAGCCCGACAUCUUCAGCUACCUCCUCAAUCUGAUGUACACCGGAAAACUGGCGACGCAGCUUAUCGACCCGGCUCGCCUGGAGCAGGGCGUCAAGUUCCUCCAUGCGUACCCUCUCAUUCAGGAGGCUAGCCAUGCGGCUCAGGCACAUCCUGAGGUCAGCCUUCCCCUGUCGUCCUCUCUUUAUGGCAUUCAGAUAUCAGACCAACAGGCCACGCUCACAAACCGCCUCUCGGCAAGCACGCAUCUCUCUUCGCCGUUCGAUUUGGAAGGCAGCGGUUUGCUCGAUGGGAAGGGUGUUACCACAAACAAAGCUACCUCACUGAUGCGGCCUGUAUCCAAGUACAGGCAAGCUCUGUCAGAAACGGAGGUAGAAGCGUCGGUGAGCACCAGUCGGUUUGUGAGGGAAGGCAGCGAGACGGAAGCAUCUGCAGGUGAAGCCCCAUCUUGCUCCCUGAGCGCCAACACCAUUCUGCAUGUGAAGCCCAGCAUCAUGAGAAGAAGUUCCUCUUUGAGGAAGCAUUAUACGUGCCAUGUCUGCGGGGGCCGCUUCACCCAGCGAGGAGCCUUACGACAGCACCUGCUUCUGCACACCCAGGCUAUGCUGCCCCUGGUGUUAGAGUCCGUCAGUGCGGCUUCCCCCAUGCCGACCGGAGGUGCCGCUACGCCAGAGGUCGAAGAAGUCCUCAGAGGCAGCGAAGCUGCCGCAGCCACUCCCAUCAUCGUGGACGCUGCUAGUGACAGCGAGCAACAUCCUGAAACCGCCAUGCCCGUCCCAACAACAACUGCAGUCAGCCUGUGCUCUGCUCAGCCCCAGGCGGACACACCGCCGCCGUCCGAUAUCGCUGAUAUCGACAACCUAGAGGGUGCGGCUGACAUGGAGCGGGAAGUGAAGCGGAGGAAAUAUGAGUGCUCCACUUGUGGCCGCAAGUUCAUCCAGAAGAGCCACUGGAGAGAGCACAUGUACAUCCAUACGGGAAAGCCGUACCGCUGCAGCGCCUGCGGCAAGAGCUUCUGUCGGGCCAACCAGGCGGCGCGGCACGUUUGCAUGAAUCUGGGCUCAGAGCCAGCGUACACCAUGGUGGACCGACAGAGCAUGGCGCUGUGUGACGCAGACGACUCCAGCCAAAUGGAGGCGCUGUUUCUCAGCUCAUCUGGGAGACCGUACAAAUGCAAUGUGUGUGAAAUGACCUUUUCCAGCCCCAAUGAGGUGAUCAAGCACCUGUGCUUCAACCAGGGUGUGCUCUCGGGCACAGCGGCUGGAGAAAUGGGCGUCAGUGGGCUGAACAGUGACAGCCUGGCCAAAGACGAAGGCUCGGAUUCAUCCAACGGUGGGCCGUUGAUAACACCCAUCAAAACUGAGGAAGUCUUUGUGGAAUAGCUUCACAUUCAUCCACUUCAGAGUAUUGUUUUUUUUUUUUAUUGUAUUGCAUUUGUGGGUAAAUUAUGAUCAGAGGUUAAGCUACAGAAGGGAAAUUCUGUUAUAUUCUUUUUUUCUGGGAAUUUUACUUCUACUGAAAAGUACUUCUACUUUCUGCUUUUUUUUUUUUAAACACUCAUGCAUUCAUUUACUAUAUUUAUAACAGAUUUACAGUAGAUUUAGUCAAAUUUCUGCUUCGUUCUGUAUUGCUUUCAAGGGUUUUAUUGGUUACUCGAGUCAUUUGUAGUUUGUGUUGCGGUUAAAGCUCUUCCUCUGCCUAACGGUCUACAGGAAAAGGAUGUAGUGAACUGCUGAAAUCCUGCGUUUGUCACCGUGCAGAUCAGACGUAGACCUCAUUAGGUUAGAUUGGUAACUCAAUGGAAUAUUUAAAAUAUUAAAGCCACAAAAUGGUUAGUUCAUGGGUAACGCACCAAAAUUUAUUUUGAAAAUAAAAUGUCAUUUUCUGAGCAGCUAAACGUGGGUCCUGGUUUAGGAUGAGUGUUCACUACCUCAACCAGUUUCAGACAUGCAAUAUCAGACUUGCCUGAAAUUUGCAUCAAAGGGUUGAGGAUCAAAGUCAACUUUAUCUUCUAGUGCCUCCGAGGAGUUACACAGAUCUCAAAGUUUUUCUUUCUGACGCGGUUUCUACUUUCUCAUUACAUGCUUUGGGUUAGCAAGAGCAAGGUGUAAUUGUAGAUAACCUUCAUGCAGUGCCAGA